CAGAUAGAUAAACAUUUUUCAGUAUUUUACGGAAUAAAGUAAAUUGCAUUAUUGACGAAUUUAUUGAAGAAUUUCAUUCGAUAUUAUUUUCCAAUGGCAUAACGUUCUUUACGAGAAGCAAAACGACCAACGUGACUUGCCAUUUUAUUUACGCCUUUAAUAUUUGCUCAUCUUAAUCUUUUAUCCAAGAUGGACUUUUCAGAUUGUAAAGAAUGUCUAACUGUUCUAUCUUUGGACCAAUCUUUAGAUGAGAAAUUGUUAAAAAAUUCCUAUGUAUCUAAUUUUUGCUGCAAAAACAAGUCAAAUAAAGCCAUAAACGAUCUCCCAUCCGUGGAAGAAGCAUACGACGCUAUAUUCACUGUAGAACAGUCAUUUACAGAUGAACAAUUGAAGCAUUUAUACAAACUAUUGAAACCGAAAUCAACAUUUGUAAUCGUAAGAUCUCAACAGGUUUCCAAUUUGACAUUCCUAAUAAAAUCAAAUGGAUUUGUGGUGGAUAAAACUGAACAAGAUUUGAUCAUAGCACAUAAACCCGAAUAUGAAAUCGGUUCGGCUGUCAAAAUUGAUACGCAAAAAAUUUGGACAUUGGCUGCAGAUGAAAUUACUGAUGGUGAUCUGAUCGAUGAUGAUGAAUUGUUGGACGAACAAGACAAAAUGAAACCAAAAGCUGAAGAUUUGCGUGUCUGUGCAACGACAAAACAGAGAAAAGCAUGUGCCAAUUGUUCGUGUGGAUUGAAAGAAGAACUAGAAAAAGAAGAGAUGGAUAAAAUUCGUUCCAAUAGUCAAAAUGUUAAAUCUUCGUGUGGAAACUGUUAUCUGGGCGAUGCAUUCCGUUGUGAAAGUUGUCCGUAUCGUGGCCUACCAGCAUUCAAACCAGGCGAAAAAGUUACUAUAAACAAUACGGAUGAUUUAUAGAAUUCAUAAAAAAAAUCAUUUAUUCAUUCAUUCAUUUUUAUUGUAGAUUUUGAGAAUAAUAAAAAAAAGUAAUAACUAA